AACGAAAUUGACGGUACACAAAAAUCCACAAAGCACAUAAAGCUGCAGCAACCCGCACCGCCCAAUGCGGGCAGCGCCGACAACAAUUGAUACAUCCAUCCUAUAUUACCUUUCCCGUGGGCAUUGACGAAAGGGGUUACAAAGCUUUGCUUGAAUAAGCUUAGAUUGUAAAAGGGGGAGCUGGCCACGAGGCAAAGGAAAAAGGCAAAGAUGUCGGACAACCUCCGUACCGCUUCGUUAUACAUCAACAACCAAUUGUUGUCGCGCGGCCUACUACGCGAUGGCCACAAUAUUGACUUCGCCGACCCGGAGUCCGGCGAGGGGCUGCAAGCCACAAUGGGCAAGGUGAUGAGCGUCAUCAAUGACUUGAUUCUAAGGCGAGACCGCGAUGCCGAGAACCGCGAAUCCUUAUCCGCAACCUUACGUACUCUGCGCGCCGACUCCCAGCGCCACAUCACCGAACUCGCCCGCCAAAACGAAAAGUUGGCGGAUGCCGAACGCAGGGUCGAUUGUUCAGAUGCCACUGAACGCGCCCUGCGCGCCCAGCUCAAGGCUGCCGAGCAAAAUAUACACCGCCUCAAGGAUGAGGCUGCCAAGAUGAAAACCUUGAUCGCCCAAACACGCGCCGCCUGCGCUACUGAGGUUCGCAAGCGCGAUCGCCAAAUUGAUGGCCUCAAGAAGGCCGUCUCCGAUGCGAGCAGGGUCAGAGGCGGCAACAAGAGCCGGGACGUUGUGAGCAUCAGUGUCACUGGCGAGAUUGGUGGCGACGACCGUGGACUACCAGCUGGAGCCACCGAAUCCGAAGGGUACAGCUUACGGCUUGAGACUAACGAGUUUCUCACUGAGCUCGCAAGAGGCCUAAGUGAAGAGAACGAGGGCCUACUCGCACUCGUCCGACACACAGUUGAUGGUCUAAGGGACAUGAGCGGCCUAGAGCGCAGCGCGGAGAGUGUAAACGGAGCUCGAGCCAGUCACCGUACUGAUGCUAGCAACGAGAAUGGCAAUGGAACCGGGAAUGGGAUGACCGGGGCGCCCCAAAAGAGCGCAGAGGAACUCGCAACUGAGCUAGAGACGAUUAUGGAGCAUCUUAGGACGAUACUCACUAACCCCUCUUUCGUCCCUAUUGAGGAAGUCGAGGUGCGUGAAGAAGUCAUCAGCCGUCUUCGCGCUGGGCUCGAGACCAUGGAGUCCCGCUGGAAGGAUGCCGUGCACAUGAUCGACGGCUGGCGCAAUCGCAUGGUGUCAAGCGGCAAGUCUGUCGACAUGGAUGACUUACGCAUGGGUCUCCUUCUCAGCCCUGUUAAGGUCAGGGAUGUUGCGGAGACCGCGGAUGUUGUCCCGAUGAGACUUUCUUGUGUUCAAGAAGAAGAAGAGGAGGAGCAUGAGCGAUACGAAAACCAAAGCCGGCUAGAAGCGAAACAGGAACGGUCCCAGCGAAAGGAACUGCAACGACUGCGAUCACCGAGUCCUGUCGAGUCGCUGAACCUUGUUUCGGCACCUGGAUACGACGCCGAAAACGAAGACGAGAAUUCCGAAUCGGAUUCUAGUAGCGUGUUCAACGACGACAUAGAUAUAGACGAGUUGGACGCCGAGGAACCCAAUGUUCAAGUCCUUCAGGAAUCCACAUAUGCGACGUCGAUGGACUCACCACCUCUACCGCUCCCUCCACAGCUUAGCCCGCUCAAGGAUUCAUAUUCCUCGGGAAAUAGGGGUUCCCUUGGUCGUGAAUAUACCCGUAAGCGCACUGGGGAUUUCACGACCAUCAUAGAAGAAAAGACCUGUGAUCUAGUGGUAGAAGAGGAAGAACGAGGGCCAGUUCCGCCUCCCCACGCAUCCAAACCUCAGUCUCCUAGACAACAACAGAAGACAUCGCCCGUAAGACGGUCGCCGCCGUGGAACCAAGAUCAAUCUCGACCCAGCUCGAUCACAUCAUAUGAUAGCCCGCUAUUCGGCAAAUCCGGACAGAGACCGUCACAAUCAGACCCUGCUCUCAAGCUCUUCUCUAAACCCACGAGUCUAGGCCAACAAGUGCACGCAAAGUCACAGCCGGAACCAGGGACCCCGAACAAACAAACUCCCAACGGGCCUAGGAGGCCGACCACGUCAAGAGACUCGCCCGAUCCGUCAGCAUCCGACAUUAAACGUACGGCAUCGGAACCAAACCAGCAACAACGUGCGUCCACUCCUAGUCGCCAAGGGUCCCCCGCAACGCAGCCACGACCUAAGUCCUCAUCGUCUUUGAAAUCACCGACUUCCGCGGUUCAGAAACAGCAGCAGUCAUUAUCACGUCCCCAUUCCCCUCUCCGCACUGCUACACAAGGGAUGGCUAUCAAUGUGGUCACUGCGAACGCCUCGUCGCGUCUCCCCCGCCCUAAUAGCAUGAAUCCUCCGCAAAGCCCUCUGACGAUGGCUACCAUUGCUGCUAAGCUAGAAGCUUCUGAACGUGAGGCGGAUGCCGCACGUGUAAGAGCCAAACUCAGGGCCGUAAGGAAUAGCGGCCAACAGAGGCGCACGAAAACAACACCAACCGCCACAGCGACGGCUGUAUCGCGCGCCCCUGCGCCUGCCCCGGUACCUUCUAGCCCUUCUCCGCAAGGAGUUCAAACGAGACGGGAGAGGAAUAGCUACACCUCAGUCGAUCCAGUCAAGAAAGAUAGGGAUACGCCCGCCAAAGAGCUAGCGCCAUCACCGGUUAUUUCUCGUUCGGACAGCAGGCGAAAGAUAGCCAAGAUAGAAGAAGAAAAUGGCCAGUACGAUAACAUAGCAGCGCCGAAAGCAGGUGAGGCGUUGUCGUACACUGAUAACUAUGUUGAAGACAAUAGCAGUGUCAACAGCAAGCCUAGGCGUAAGCGUGACCCGACACGCCGCACGAGCAAAGCGGCCUCCCGUCGGAGAAGCACGCUUAGCCCUUGGGAGCUCGAGACGCUUAUCCAAGGGGCUCCUAGUACACCAGGGGCAUGUUAGUUGGGCCAUGCUCACCUAUCUAGCUACCAAACUACACCCUUCUUUCCUCCCUACUUAUCAUACCUAUCUUCCUUAAAAAUUACACCUGUAUACUACGCCUAUCCAUAUUGUCUCUCUAGGUUCA